AGCUCAUUAUUCCAAAUUCAAUUACAUCCAUAUCCCAAAAUUUCCUUUUACAAAUUUCUAGCAAUUACAUCCAUAUGGCUUUGGGAAGAGGCAGUGCAUUGGUUGUUCUACUAGUUUGCUUUUUGGUGAUUCACUCUGAGUUGGCUCAGGCUGCCAUCUACACUGUUGGAGGUGCUGGUGGUUGGACCUUUAACACUAUUGCCUGGCCUAAUGGGAAAAACUUUAAAGCUGGUGAUACACUUGUAUUCAACUAUAGUCCGGGUGCACACAAUGUGGUGGCAGUGAGCAAAGCAGGGUAUGGUAGCUGCAAGACUCCAAGAGGAGCCAAAGUGUAUCGGUCAGGAAAAGAUCAGAUAAGGCUUGCUAGAGGACAAAACUAUUUCAUCUGCAAUUAUGUUGGUCACUGCGAGUCUGGAAUGAAAAUUGCCAUCAAUGCUGUUUGAUUUUUAUUAUUAUAAUAAUAAUAUUGUGUGCUUUUAUCUAUGUGCUUUCAUCAUACCUCUUGUACCUGUUCUAAUUUAUACACUUCGUGAAUCAUGUAGAAGUUUUCAAUAAAUGGAAAGGUGGGUGUGAAUUGUGGUGUGUACCAUUUAUGUUAGUAAAUGUUAUUCAUCAUGGGUGUAGUAAGUUGUAACAAUACUUUUGUGUAAUACGGCCCAAUUGUUUUGAGAGAACGGCAUAUGACUUGAA